AUGAGGCUACCGCAGACGCUAUCCUUCCUCCUCACUUUCCUCACCACCGUCCACGCACUCGCCUUGCCCGCAUAUCUUGACAACGCCUUCGAGUCAUCGAGAGAGCUGUUCAAGCGCAAAGGUGGAGGCGGUGGUGGAGGUCGAGGAGGAGGUGGCUCCUCAUCAAGUGGUUCGUCAUCAGGCGGUUCGCGAGGCAGCGGUUCGCGAGGGAGCGGUUCGAGUUCUGGCUCAUCUAGUUCAGGUUCAUCCUCUGGCGGAUCUCGAGGCUCGACAUCGACUGGAUCAAGCGGUGGAACAAGCGCACCACGCACCUUCGGCGGAGGAUACUAUGGAGGAGGCGCAUCGACACCAUACAAGCCCGGAACUUCUCGAGGAGGUGUAGCGCCAUACGUACUCGGCGGUGCGGCACUUGGUAUCUUUCCUGGACUUUGGCUGGGCAGCGUGUACGCCUACAGCUACCACGGCUAUUACCCUUACUACAACAGGACAAGCAACCGCAACGAGUCGAAGCCAAUCGAGUGCCUUUGCGACGAGUACAACCCAUGCGGAUGCGACGUGAAGAACGAGACGAGCUAUCUGGACGCGGUCGCGAACAACUUGACAAUCUCCCGUGUCGCUGAUAUCAACGGCACGUCGACUCUGGUCGUCAACGGCACUUUGCCAAACGGCACAUCCACGGACACCAGCGCCGCACGCGGCAUGAAGCAGAAUUUGGCCGAGCUGAGCGGAUUCUGGGUCGUCAUUGCGGGCGUCAUCUACACCGUGUCUUUCAUGUGA